GAGGGAGGGACGGGGGGGAGGCUGGCCGGCCGGCGGCAUGGAAGCGGUGCCCCGCGAGGAGAAGCCCAACCCGCUGCGGGAUGCCAACCUCUGCUCCCGGCUCUUCUUCUGGUGGCUGAAUCCCUUAUUUAUUAUUGGCCACAAACGGAAACUUGAAGAAGAUGAUAUGUAUAAAGUGCUGCCAGAAGAUUCCUCAGAGAAGCUGGGAGAGGAGUUGCAGUGGUACUGGGAUAAAGAGGUGCAAAAAGCAAAAAAGAGAGGAAAAACACCCCAUUUAACAAAAGCGAUUAUUCUUUGUUACUGGAAGUCCUAUUUAGUUUUUGGAAUUUUCACAAUGAUUGAGGAAACCCUCAAAAUAGUUCAACCAAUUUUUUUGGGAAAAAUUAUUAAUUAUUUUGAAAACUACGAUCCCUCAGAUGAGGUAGCUUUGAAUUUUGCGUAUUGCUACGCAGCUGCUCUGUCUGUGUGCACACUUAUUCUCGCUAUAAUGCACCACUUAUACUUCUAUCAUGUACAGCGGGCUGGCAUGAAGCUGAGGGUAGCUAUGUGUCACAUGAUUUAUCGGAAGGCACUGCGUCUCAGUAACGUAGCUAUGGCAAAAACUACCACUGGCCAAAUAGUAAAUCUUCUGUCAAAUGACGUGAACAAAUUUGAUCAGGUAACAAUUUUCCUGCACUUCCUGUGGGCUGGACCAAUUCAAGCUGUGGCAGUAACAGUGCUUCUCUGGAUGGAAAUAGGCCCAUCAUGUCUCGCAGGAAUGGCAGUUCUGAUUAUUCUUCUUCCUAUACAAACCUGCAUCGGGAGGCUUUUUUCUUCCCUAAGAAGUAAGACAGCUGCAUUUACAGAUGUCAGGAUUAGAACCAUGAAUGAAGUCAUAAGUGGCAUGAAGAUAAUAAAGAUGUAUGCUUGGGAAAAAUCAUUUGCGGAACUUGUGAGUGGUUUGAGAAGGAAGGAGAUUGCCAUGGUUAUGAAAAGCUCCUACCUUCGAGGAUUGAACUUAGCCUCUUUCUUUGUGGCAAGCAAAAUAACAGUGUUCAUGACUUUCAUGGCGUAUGUACUACUUGGCAACGUUAUCUCUGCAAGCCGGGUGUUUGUAGCAGUGUCCCUGUAUGGUGCAGUGAGGCUGACAGUAACUCUGUUCUUCCCUGCGGCUGUUGAGAGAGUAUCCGAGGCGGUGGUUAGCAUACGACGAAUCAAGAACUUCCUGAUACUUGAUGAGGUCUCACACUUCAAGCCACAGCUGCAUGGUAGUAACGAGAAUGUCAUUCUUCAUGUUCAGGAUUUGACUUGCUAUUGGGAUAAGAGUUUAGAAAGCCCAGCACUUCAGCAACUUUCAUUUACUGUUAGACGAGGGGAAUUGCUGGCUGUGAUUGGUCCUGUAGGAGCUGGAAAAUCUUCACUCUUAAGUGCUGUGCUUGGUGAGCUGCCUAAAGACAAAGGUUUGAUAAAUGUUACUGGGAGAAUCGCUUACGUUUCUCAGCAGCCUUGGGUGUUUUCUGGUACAGUAAGAAGUAAUAUACUCUUUGACAAGGAAUAUGAGAAAGAAAAAUACGAGAAAGUUUUAAAAGUCUGUGCUCUUAAAAAGGACUUGGAAUUACUAGCAGAUGGUGACCUAACAGUCAUAGGAGAUCGUGGAGCUACGCUGAGUGGGGGACAGAAGGCCCGUGUAAAUCUGGCCAGAGCUGUGUAUCAAGAUGCAGACAUCUAUCUUUUGGACGAUCCACUGAGUGCAGUAGAUGCUGAAGUUGGAAGACAUUUGUUUGAAAAAUGUAUUUGUCAGGCUUUACAUCAGAAGGUAUCUGUUUUGGUGACUCACCAGUUGCAAUAUCUCCGUGCUGCAACUCAGAUUCUAAUCUUAAAAGAUGGUAAAAUGGUGGGGAAAGGUACCUAUUCAGAGUUCCUGAGGUCUGGCAUCGACUUUGCUUCCCUUUUGAAAAAAGAUGAGGAGGCAGAACAGCCGUCAGUUCCAGGAACCCCCAACCUGAAGGCCUCCCGCAGCCGUACCUUUUCGGAGUCCUCUGUCUGGUCUCAGGAUUCAUCUGUCCACUCGAUGAAAGAUGGAGCGGUGGAGCAACCACCUGCUGAAAAUGCAUUGGCUGCAGUGCCAGAGGAGAGUCGCUCUGAGGGAAAAAUAAACUUUAAGGUUUACAGAAAAUAUUUCACUGCGGGAGCAAACUACUUUGUGAUUUUUAUACUUAUUGUAUUUAAUAUUUUGGCACAGGUGGCAUAUGUGCUCCAGGACUGGUGGCUUUCUUACUGGGCAAAUCAUCAAGAAAAGCUGAAUGUCACAACAAAUGGAAAUAAUGGAGCAAAUGAGACCGAACAUCUAGACCUUAAAUUUUAUUUGGGAAUUUACGCAGGUUUAACGGUGGCUACAAUACUGUUUGGCAUAAUAAGAAGUCUUCUGGUGUUUCAAGUUCUUGUUAAUUCUGGUCAGACUUUGCACAACAAAAUGUUUCAAGCCAUUCUGAAAGCUCCUGUCUUGUUUUUUGACAGAAAUCCUAUUGGAAGAAUCUUAAAUCGUUUCUCAAAAGAUAUUGGCCAUCUGGAUGACUUGCUUCCAUUGACGUUUUUGGACUUUGUGCAGACUCUCCUACAGAUUUUUGGUGUGGUAGCUGUGGCUGUGGCAGUGAUUCCUUGGAUACUCAUCCCCUUAAUUCCGCUAUUUAUUCUUUUCAUUUUCCUUCGACGAUAUUUCUUAGACACUUCAAGAGAUAUUAAACGUCUAGAAUCCACAACUCGAAGUCCAGUGUUCUCCCACUUGUCAUCAUCCCUCCAGGGACUUUGGACUAUUCGGGCUUUGAAAGCAGAGGAAAGAUUUCAAAAACUAUUUGAUGCACACCAAGACCUCCACUCAGAGGCCUGGUUUCUAUUUUUGACGACCUCGAGGUGGUUCGCUGUGCGUCUGGAUGCCAUCUGUGCCAUUUUUGUUAUAGUGGUUGCUUUUGGUUCCCUGCUUCUCGCCAAGACUUUGAAUGCGGGGCAGGUUGGUUUGGCGCUAUCUUACGCAAUCACUCUCAUGGGAACGUUCCAGUGGGGUGUUAGGCAAAGUGCUGAAGUUGAAAACCUGAUGAUAUCAGUAGAAAGAGUAAUGGAAUACACAGAUCUUGAAAAAGAAGCCCCUUGGGAAACCAACAAGCACCCACCGCCUGAAUGGCCAAGUCAAGGAAUGAUAGCAUUUGAAAAUGUUAACUUCACGUACAGUCUAGAUGGACCUUUGGUGUUAAGGCAUUUGUCUGUUGUAAUUAAACCAAAAGAAAAGGUUGGAAUUGUGGGAAGAACCGGAGCUGGGAAGAGCUCUCUUAUAGCAGCCCUCUUUCGGUUGGCUGAACCUGAAGGAAGGAUCUGGAUUGAUAAGUACUUGACAUCAGAGCUAGGCCUUCAUGACUUAAGGAAGAAAAUUUCAAUUAUACCUCAGGAGCCUGUUUUAUUCACUGGAACUAUGAGGAAAAACUUAGACCCUUUCAACGAAUACACUGAUGAAGAUCUGUGGAAUGCCUUGGAAGAGGUACAACUGAAGGAGGUUGUGGAAGAUCUGCCUAAUAAAAUGGAGACACAGCUGGCAGAAUCUGGGUCUAAUUUUAGUGUUGGUCAGAGACAGCUGGUAUGUCUUGCCAGAGCGGUUCUAAAAAAGAAUCGGAUCCUUAUCAUUGAUGAAGCAACAGCAAAUGUGGACCCAAGAACAGAUGAGUUCAUUCAAAAGACGAUCCGUGAAAAGUUUGCUCAGUGCACGGUGCUGACCAUUGCACACCGCUUGAACACCAUUAUCGACAGCGACCGGAUUAUGGUUUUAGAUGCUGGAAGACUAAAAGAAUAUGGUGAACCUUACAUUUUGCUACAAGAAAAAGAUGGCUUGUUUUACAAAAUGGUGCAACAAGUGGGCAAGACUGAAGCAGCUUCCCUGUUUGAAACAGCAAAACGGGUUUACUUCAGUAAGAAUUAUCCAGAAGUUGUUCAGAACGGUCAGCUUGCUGCAGACUCCUCGCUGGAUCCUUCCUCAGGAUUAUGCAUAACUGAAACUGCACUGUGAUUCCUAAUAACCACGGUUGUUUUCCAUAGAAUGUAAAGCUGAGAACAUCCAAACUCUCGAUGUUUUCAAGGGUCAACGGGAGAGGAAAGGGAGGGGGCGAUUCUUUGCACUGGACAUCCUUUCUAUUUAAUCCUGAGAAGAAAAUCUUUACUCUCCCUGUUUGUUCAAUUUCAGUGCAAUAUGUUUUCCUUUCCAGAUAUAAUUAUGUUUGUAUUGCCAAGGAAAUUAGGCAGACUCAGUUUUUAUGUGGAAGUUAGGAGGUAGAGAUCUCUUUUAUUUAAACAGGUGCAGGACACCUCACAGGUCUAGGGUGUAUAUUUGGAAUUUGUUAAAACAAAAGAUUGGAAUGUAUCCCUUUGCUCUUCCGGAGAUAUUUUGAGAGCAGUCAAAAACAAAUUUUGCUGAGCGUCGCUUUACCUCGACAGCUGUGCCUAAACAGUGGGUUUGGUAGCAGACAUCUUAGUUGUCUAACGCAGCUGUCUUCCUACCUGUCAUACGUUGUCAUGCAGGUUGACAGAAGAAAGAAUUGAAGAAGCCAAAAAUACUUUUCCUUUUUGAUAGCAAAAAGUACUAUAUACUUAUUUUUUUGAUCAUUCAAGUAGUGCUGUUCAAGAUGAAUGUAAAUAUGUUUUAUUUUGCUGAAAUCCAAAUGCUGAAAAAAUCAAUCUCAAUCUUCUAUACUUUAGAAGAAAAUUACCACGUUUGCACUGAAGAAAUAUUUAAAUAAUUUAACAUACAUUCCUCUUUUUAUCCAGGUUAUCAAAGAAAAAAAGUAUUAAAAUAACUUGAGGAAAUCUUUGAAUGACAUGUCAUUAUACCUAAAUACCAUGUAGUACAAAGUUAUCUUCAACACAACACAUGGAAACGUAUACGUUAUUUGCAUUUAUUGUGCCUUAAUAUUUGUGCCUUCAAGCCAAAGCUGUAACUGCAGGGUACACAACAAAUUCAUUAAAUACAUGUUAAAAAUAUUUAGCCUUAGUAUAUUUAAAAUUUUGCAUCAGGGGAUCUGGUGAACUCGAGCUGUUUGAAGUUACCAUCCUACUGGAAUAGGUAGGAAAGUACAACCUGUAGAUCGGAAUGGCUGUUGCAAAUAGCGAGGAGAAUGCAGUGAGAGAGAGAUUCUGUAUUUGUAAGUUAUGUCCUGAUUUAGCAAAGCACUUUAGCAUAAAGGCACUAUUCCCCUACUUUAAAAAAUCAAGCAAGUGCUACGCUGCUUCAGAUUUUUUUUUCAUGUUUAGUGAGAGAGCUACCCUUUGAGGUCCAGUACCAAAUAAAUCCAUUCAUCUUACUGUUUAAAGUAAGACACUAAAAAGCAACACAUCUCUUCAGGAUACAGAAAAUACCGUGCUUUAAAAAAUAUAUUGAAGAUGCUCGCGUUACCGUUGUAAGAUAAAUAUUAUUUACCCAAUGUUCACCCAGUGGUCUAAAGGUAAGGCAAACACAAAUGUUUCCUGUUUCAAGCUGUUCUACCAGCAAAUAACUAACUGAAAUACAAAAUUACUCUCUCCUUGUUGAGAAUUAAAUUGAAGCCAAAGCCUGUGACUGAGGGCUGGGGCUCAUCUAGGACUUUGUCCCGUGUAGAAGUUGGUGACAAGAGGCAGAAUCGUCAUUCUCCUGCUGCAGCAGCUUCCCUGCCGUGGGGCUCGCUGUCCUGCUGUGAGGUACCAGGAGAGGGGGGAGGUCCUCUUACUGCCGCCGCUCCCACCAGCUGGGGUGGAGGGAAAAAAGGCAAACAUUGGGUGUCUGGCUUGCUGCUAACAUCCUCCUGUACUGUUAGCAGGAAGCUACAAAAUAAAAUGCCGUUGCCCCUAGCUUUCUUUUGGCAGGUUAGGAGACUUCUUCUGUGGGGCGCAGCUGACUACAACAAAUGUCUUUGAGAUCAGUGGAAUUGGACUUCAUGCAGUGAUGCAUAACAUGAGUCUUGUGCUAUGUCUGGUGCUAAAUAAAAGGCAGACAAGUGCGUGUCCCCAGAGCCAAGUAGCACAGAUUGACUCAUGUAAGCAGCAAGCUCAUAGCUAAUUCUUAGGGCACACCAGCCACAUCCCCUUUUCUGUAUCACUGCCCUUGGUCUUCGCUGGGCUUGUGCAGUCCCCUUAUGUUCCUAGCCCACAUUUAUCAUCUAGUGUGUUUUGUUAUCUUUCCCUUUCCGAUUGUCUGAAAUAAGGAUUCUGCAGCUCAGUAGAGUGGUGGUUGUAUUGCAGAGGUAUGUGAAGAUGUAGAGAAGUGUUUGACUGAAAAGUCACAUGGGAUAAUGCUGGGGGACUGUGCAGCGUGAAGAAAGCUCAGCCUUGCGUGCUUGUCUGUAACUGCCUUUUGGAAGGGAUCCACAGUAUGAACCAUGUCCAAACUCUGCUUGAGCAUUGUCGUGGAGAGAUCUAGCUGGUGUGCGCCAAAGCAAAGCUGGAGUGAGCCGACUCCAAGUAGUGCAGACAGGUAACAGGGGCUGGCGCAUGAGCUCGUGUGCUUACCUUGUUUAUUGAGCAGUUUGGACAUAUCCACAGGGUCUAGCUGUGUGUUAUGAUACUGAAUUCUUUUGAUUUCUAAACAGUUAGUUCUUCCACGAGAAUAAGUAUGACACUAGGACUUCUAAAUACUCUUAAGAGAACAGUACAUUCUCCUGGCCAUAUACCCUGGUUUUAAUUUUUAUCAAAAUGGAGGAGAUGUGCAUGUGUACAUCAAGGGUAUAAUUACAGUUUUAGUUCAUUUCAGCUCUGAAAUGAAUCUAUGGUAAGUUACAUUUCAGAGCAGAACUCCAAAACGCUGGCUGCUGCAGACUCACUGGUAUGAGACCCUGACAGAUCGAGCUAUCAAUCUGUGAGCUAGAAUUAAUUUGAUCCUGUAGCUUUCUGAAUGCACACAAAAAAUGCAAGGUAUCUCUGAAAAUGCUGAUUCUGCUUCUUCACAUGUUUUGACAGGACAUUGCUAGCUGUAGGUAUCAAAAACCAAAUCUUUAAAAAAUCACACUUGAAAACCAUACACUUCUGAAUAGAACAGCUGCUAGUGAGUCGCCUGUGUCUGUUGUUGCCAUUAUGUCCAUCCUUUUAGUGUAAAGUAACAAAAAUGUUUUAAUCAGAUUUUUGUUGUUUAGGUUUUGUUGUUGUUGUUGAGAGUUGUUUUUGUUUAGAUGACUGUUGUUAAGAUUGACCCACCCGUUUAAUCUUACGUGAGCGACAAAGUGCACCGUACCUGAACGGCUGAACUCAGGUCAGGAAUGAAAAAGGCCUUCCUUUGUUGGAAGUCUUUAUCUGUUAAACGUACAAAUUAUCUCUCCAGCAAGGUGUUUUGUGUUUCAUUUUAAAGAAAAGUUCAAAUGGUCGUAAACUUCCACUUUGGAAAAUUUCGUGCUUUAUUUGGGAAGAGUAAAGCUGGGUAUUUUUAGCUACAUUCCUUCAUGGGGAUCUUGGAAAAAGAACUCAAUCUUCUGAGUUAUUAAAGCCUUUAAAACGUUUUUUCACCUUGAGGUGCCUUAAAGUAUUCCACAGUCUUAUUUCUAACGGGUAUAACUUUAUGCAGUAAUGCUGCAAAUCUUCAGUUGUGGAACUGCUGUUUGGUUGGUUUAAAAGUCUAGGAACAGCCUCUACUCUAAAGAACAGGUUUUUUUCAGACAUUAAUUUCGGUCUCUCUUUGCUCCUUCUUAAAAGACCACUGGGAGACUCAACGCCAACAUGGUUCUUCAGAACUGGUUAUCUCCAGUUUUGCUUAGUUUAAGGGCAAAAUUCUGCUUGGUGAGCUGAAGCAGAGCUCAUUUGCCAGAUGGGCGUAGUCUUCUGCUCAUACCCGCCUUGGAAGGUGGAGGACCUUCUUCUGACCAAGAUCAGGAAUGCUGUUUUCUUUAAGUGAUAUUGACAGUUUCUUUUAAUUUUCCCAGUACGUGCUUGAAGUAAGAUUGCAGAAAGAAUGAGAAGGGGACAAAGGAUCCAAACGGUAUAGAUACUUUACUGAAAAUGCUGCUUUUUGUAUUAAUCUGUCCCUUCCAAACAUCUCACUUUGAAGUUUGCCCCCUUUUUUUUUGAGGGGGGGAAAAAAAAAUAUUUACUUACAUCACCUGCUCUCUGUGAUGGUGAUGAGCUUCUGACACUUCAGCAGAAGAAUGUGGCUUUCUCUCUCUGUUUUACAUUGUGUAACAUCGCACUGCUUUUUCAUCAUUUUAACUCUGUUUUUGUUUUGUUUUGUUUUUGCAUUUGUGUAAUAAUUUGAUUUUUUUAUUGCUAUGGAAUGAUUACUUUUGUUGACGUUCACAUGACAGCUCCUGUUGUACAAUAAAAAGCGUUUCUCAGAA